AUGUGGCAGCCGGUGGAGACUCGCGAUUUCAUCGAUUGCUUCCUCGACCAGAUGGCUAAGCAGCAACAGGAUCCAGGAGGAGACGUUGUACCCAGAGGUAGCAGGUUUUCGAGCUGGAGAGACCCAGAAUGGGAGGCUGUGGUUUGGGGAUGGCUGGAGGGUCCCAAAGUGCGCAGCUCACAACCACCCCUGGCCCCCCAAAAAGGUGCAUUGGAGCUGGACACCGUGGCAAGGCGGCCGCGCACCCCAAGCCAGGAUGACCACGUGCACCUGCCCUACACCAAUAGAGUGCUGCUUGAGAUCCAGCGCUUCAUCAGCGUGGUGCCACCGCGCGCCCUCAUUCGCGACACCUACCUGCGAGACCACUUUCUGCCCCAGGGCACCUUUGAUUCCCCUGCUUGUGACUAUGCACCAGGACCCACUCAAUUCAAGAACCCAGACUGCUUCAACCCUACCAACUUCCUGGACGACAAGGGCAAGUUCCAGGGCAAUGAUGCUUUCAUGCCCUCAGGUGCCAGGAGAGGAAGGGGACCAGCCUGGACCGGCUCAGGGGUACAUGGUGAUCAUUAUGUACCCGUGUACCCGGGAAAGCAAAGGUACCUGGGCACAGGCCUGGCCCACUCAGAGAUCUUCCUCUUCCUUACCGCCAUCUUACACAGGUUCUGCCUGCUCCCUGUGGUAAACCCUAGCUCCAACAACCUCGCCUGCAGUGCACUGGCCUGAGCAAUGUCCCCCAGCCUUCCAGCUCCAACUAGUGGUCUGCUGAGGUCGGGCUCCACUAUGGUGGGCUUGCUGGCCCUCAAACCUCCGCAACCUCCCUGGUCAAUAAAGGCCCUAAAUUGCA